AUGUCGUCCACUACUGCCCCGGAAAAGCUGUCGACCAACGCCUCGUUCGACGGCGAGCUCGUCAAGUUGUCGGCACCCGCCAACUCGCUCGGCGGACUCAAGACCACCUUCAACGUCUUCCUCCCGAGGCAGGCCCUCGACGGCGACAAGGUCCCCGUCCUGUACUACCUCGCCGGCCUCACCUGCAACGAGGACACGGCUCCGUGGAAGGGCGGCUUCCUGCGCGAUGCCGCCGCCGAGGGCAUCGCCCUCGUCUUCCCCGACACGUCGCCUCGCGGUGCCGACAUCGAUGGCGAGGACAAGGACUGGGACUUUGGCACGGGCGCCGGCUUCUACCUGACGGCGAGCAAGGAGCCGUGGAAGAAGCACUACAACAUGUACGAGUUCAUCACCUCGGAGCUGCCGUCGCUCCUCGCGGCCGCGUCCCUCCCGCUCGACCUGUCGCGCUCGUCCAUUUUUGGUCACUCGAUGGGCGGCCACGGUGCCCUCACCUUGUACCUCAAGUCGCUCCUGUCGACGUCCCCCUCGACCAAGUACCUGUCGGCCUCGGCGUUUGCGCCCAUCGCCAACCCGACCCAGUGCCCGUGGGGCGACAAGGCGUUCAAGGGCUACCUCGCCGGCGGCCUCGACGAGGGCAAGCAGUACGACGCGACCGAGCUCGUCGGGCAACUCAAGGGCAAGGACGGCGUCGACCUCAAGGUGCUCGUCGACGUCGGGACCGGCGACCAGUUCUACCAGCAGAAGCAGCUCCUCCCCGAGAACCUCAUCGCCGCGCGCGACGCCGCCGGCUUUUCGGCCUCGCAGCUCGCCGUCAACCUCCACGAGCGCUACGACCACUCGUACUACUUCAUCUCGACUUUUGCGCCCGCCCACAUCAAGUUCCACGCCGAGGUGCUCAAGGCCGCCAAGUGA